CUCACCAACAUUCUGUACAACCGUCAUCUUCUUGAAAAGCUCUGUUUAAAUGUAAAUUCUUUCCUUUCUCAUUCAGCUUUCACAGACAACCCAUCAGUACUGAGUGAACUGUGCUCCACACUGUCUCGUCUUGCUGUCAGGAAUGAGUUCUGCCAAGACAUCGUGGAUCUAGGAGGUCUCACCUUCAUGGUAGCCUUGUUGGCAGACUGCAUUGAACAUCAGGAAGUGGUGAAGCAGGUACUGGGUGCCUUCCGAGCGAUCGCAGGUAAUGAUGAAGUAAAGGACGCAAUCAUCAAUGCUGGUGGAACAGACCUGAUUGUGUUAGCCAUGAACCGACACUUGGGAACACCACAGAUCUGUGAACAGGGAUGUGCUGCUUUGGGGAUGUUUGCCUUACGGAAACCGGAAAACUGUCGUGUGAUCAUGGAGGGUGGCGGAGCACUGAUUGCGCUGCAGGCAAUGAAGGCACAUCCAGCUGAGGUGAACGUACAGAAGCAGGCCUGCAUGUUACUCCGUAACCUGGUGGCCCGCAAUUCUGACUUCUCCCAGCUGAUCCUGGAGAUGGGAGCAGAGGUGCUCAUCCUGCAGGCAAAGACUACACACCAAGACUGUGAGGACUUAGCAAAAGCUGCCCUGCGGGAUCUUGGCUGCAAAGUAGAGCUUCAGGAGCUCUGGACAGGGAAGAAAGCUGGGAUUUCCCGUUAACUGCCAUCUUGGGACAAGACUAGGAGAUGGACCUCGAAAGCACACGUCAUGUUUGGUUGCACAUUUCUGGAUUGUUCUAAUAUUUAACCCCUUUGUGAUCAUCUGAGAGGUUGUACAAGCGACCAGAGAACCUCUGAGGUGUCUGUUUCAGCUGCGGUGAGUUGAGGAUCUACAAGAUGCCACCACUCUCACUCCACUUCGGUAAACGGGACUUCCCACAAUGCACAUUGGUACAGGGAGCAGGCUGUUGAUUGAUGAUCACUACCAAACUCACAAGGAUCCUUCCACUAAGAAUGGCCAUCUCUGAACUUUCUUGCACUUUGACAGGUAAUCGGCUUCUGGAAAUUCCAUUAUGUUACCCAGAGUUAUUUUUCUUGCCAAAGUAUCAGCAGAAUGGAAAGUGUUUCUAGACAAGCGGUUUGAAUAUUGUUCUGUCACAUUAAUAUCCUCUUGUGGCACGUUAUGAGUAAAGUGUUUAACACCUAACUUGAUAGAUUUUGUAUCUUGAAGCAGGUUGUGAAUCUGAAAUUAAACAUGCCCCAUCCCAUCCCAUCAGUUAAUAAUUUAAUCACCACCUCAUGACACAAUAUAGGCUGUGUAUUUUCCUUUUUGUCUGUUUCAUCUUUUUAAAAAAAAACCUGUUUUACAGUGCCAUAGCGCUCACAGGGUCUGUAAAUGAAAUGAAGCAUACAUUACCAAACAAUUAAUUUUAGAUGCAGUGAUUUCUUCUGAGUUGAUGACAAAAUAUCCAAAAGGACAUUUGUCUGAUCAGUAGGAAUGACACCAUUGUUUCAAUAUUCCCACAAUGAGAUCUUUAUUAGCAAUGGAGAGGAGAUUCUCCCCAUCCUUGUUUGAUGAUAGAAUUGACGCUGAUAAAGAGCUUAUCCAACACUUCUUUACAAUCCAACAACUAGAGUUUCCUAUCAUCACCUUUUAAAACAAUAUUUUACACAUUUUAUUCAGUGCAUGUGCACAAGCAAACACCUCCCCAUGCACCUAAGGCUCUAACAACUGAGGAAAUCCUUAUGUGUAAUAGAGAUCACAGCUAGAUAGUUGAGAUUUGGUUGUGACUCUGUGUUAGUCAUGUCCUGUGCAAAUCAUGAAAGCAUGUCAGCGGAUCUGGCAAAUCCCUGCGCUUCUGUUAGACUAUUGGACCCUGGAUUUGAAAUUCAAUCAAAAUUAUUGUCUUGCAGUUGGAAGCAAUGUCUGCCUUGAGUGAGGUUGUCCCUCCUGUUCUGCUGCAGUGAGUCAGAGGUUGACUGUAUAGUCCCACUGUACACAUCAGCAAUGUUAUGUAACCCUAAAAUGCAUCACUCUGAAAGCAUUGACAUGAACAUUACUCUGAGGUCAUAAACCUAUUGUAUAUUUCCAUAAAUGUAUUGUUUUAUCUUGUCAGUCAAGCCCAGAUGUUUUUGAUGUAUUAAAAGUGUGUGCACGCAA